AUGUCUCAAUCUCAAAACCGUAAAAUAUCCUCGUCCACCAAAAAACCUCGAAAUCGAGUCGGAUCAACGACCACGUCCGCACCAUUCUUGGUCGUUUCCGAUUAUGAUGAUUCCACUCGAACGCUUUUAUCACCCAUCCCAUCACCGGAACUGACGGUAAUUUGUAAACCAUGCCAUGGCUUUUCAUCACGUCUAGAACUCCAAAAUCACGACGAAGUCACGUGUUUUCUCAACAAAAUUCAGAGUAAAUCGAGCACAUUGGCCGUGGGCUUAUCACAGGAUCGUUUAGCGAUCGCUAGCAGCUCGUCAACACAGCCAAUAUGCAGUGGCUCGGAUGUGGAUGAGCUGGCGCAGAAUCCGGAGAAUCCUGGAACGUUCCGCAAUCGAAUGCUGGCGGAUAUCCUGUAUUUUUGGCGAUCAUUCGUCCUAAUCCUGACUCCGAUGAUUCUCGCCCCAUGUCUGAUGUCGCCUGAUCCGAAGUACAGGUGCGCAUUCUGCAUCACGCUGAUGGCCGUUUAUUGGAUGUGUGAGGUGAUUCCACUCCCGGCAACAGCCCUCCUCCCAAUUGUCUUAUUUCCUUGCACCGGUAUAUUGGACGCUCAAACUGUUGCUCGAGAAUUCUUAAACGUUAGUCAAUCGCCGAUUUCGGCAACAUUAACCGAGAAGAUUUUGUGA